AUGGUCGCUGCCGGAUAUUGUCUUUAUGGUUCGGCGACAAUGGUUGUUUUGAGCACAGGGCAUGGGGUUAAUGGGUUUAUGCUGGAUCCGAGCAUCGGUGAGUUCAUUUUGACCCAUCCUCGGAUGCGAGUGCCUGAAAAGGGAAAGAUCUACUCAAUCAAUGAGGGUUAUGCAAAGCAUUGGUCUAAUGGAUUGACACAAUACAUUCAUACAAGGAAAUUUCCAGAGGAAGGACAAAAGGGAAUGGCACAGCGAUAUGUUGGCUCAAUGGUUGCCGACGUUCAUCGCACAUUUCUGAACGGUGGAAUCUUUUUAUAUCCACCGACGGCUGAUGCUCCGAAUGGAAAGCUUCGUCUACUUUACGAGUGUGCUCCAAUGGCUUAUCUUUGUGAACAAGCCGGCGGAUUGGCGACAACCGGUAAAUGUGACAUUUUGGAUAUCUUGCCAACAAAGAUUCAUGAAAGAGCUCCAAUCUACAUGGGUUCAAGAAAAGAUGUGGAAGAGCUUUUAAAAUAUUUGGAAAACGAUCACGCUGAA